AGCUUCUUCCCGUCUCGCUGCCCCCGCCCCCUCCUCGGAAGUAGACGUAUCUGUCUAUAUUCCGUUCUUUUAUUUUUAUGUAUUUUUUAUAGUAACCCCUUUUCCCCAACACUCAACCAAGAUGGACGACUAAACACAAGAACGGGCGACCGAUUCACCCCAUCCAUUUAACUACCCUUGAAUCGAGAGGACCGGAUGAAAUCCAAUUGUGGUUUUCUCCGCUUCGCAGGGGAGGUAGCUGUAUCCAGUGGGGAGGUAGGCUCAACCAGGGGAGGACAGGAUGAAGUUCACCGACCCCUGGGGACGCCAGAGGCUGUCUUUUCUUCUGGAAAAGGCAGUCUCUAGGGAAGCCAAGAUGUGGAAGGUCUAUGUGCCAAAGAAGCCCUUCUCACAGGAUACAGACAUCUCCCCUGCCCAUCGGGAUGAGGCCGUGCGCUGGUUGACAGAGCUCCACAGCAGACUUCAGCUGUACCCAGAAACCCUGGUGUUAGCUGUUAGCAUCCUGGACCGCUUUCUUGCUCCCAUUAAGGCCCGGCCAAAAUACCUGCGCUGCAUCGCCAUCGCCUGCUUCUUCCUGGCAGCUAAGACGUGUGAGGAGGAUGAGUGUGUACCCUCUCUCAAGGAGCUUGCAGCCUCCAGCAACUGUGGCUGUUCCUCCUCAGAGAUCCGGAGGAUGGAGAGAAUCAUUCUGGACAAACUCAACUGGGAUCUGCACACUGCAACAGCACUGGACUUCUUGCAUAUUUUCCAUGCUAUGGUGAUGUCAUGUCGUUCUGGGCUUUUGGACUCCACGUUAGCGCUGAACCGCUCUCGGCACCUCGCCAUGCUCACACAGCAACUCUACCACUGUCUGGCUGACCACACGCUCCUACAGCUUAGAGGUUCCAUGCUGGGCCUGGCACUCAUCACCCUGGAGCUGGAGAACUGCUGCCCUGACUGGCUGGCUCUCACCAUCGAGCUGCUGAGGAAGGCACAGAUCGACAGUUCAGAGCUGAUUAGGAGUCGAGAGCUUGUGGCUCGUAGUCUGUCCACACCAAGAGCUUCCCUGCCUCCAAACACUGUCUACAUCUACCAACCCCCGAAGAGCCAAACCACACCGCAGCCUCCAUCCCAGGACCCCACCCUUUCCUGCUGCACACUGGGGACCAUUGCUUCCAACAUGGAGUCUUCUAGGGACCACAGCAUUAUGGUUGCUUCACCAGCCCAGCCACAGACGCCUGCUGGAGAGGUGGAGGAGGGGAACCAGCAGCCUUUGAGCACGGUCUACUCCACUAACAGAAGCACCUCUGCUUUGCGCUCCCCACCCAAACCCAUCCACCAUCUGAAGCACCUGCAGAGGGUCACACUGCGCUGCAAGGCCUCCACCAAGCGCAAGGUGGAGGAGAUGGAGGUGGACGACUUCUUUGAUGGCAUAAAACGCCUCUACAAUGAAGACGGAACCACCACUGUCGCCGUCCAGGAGGGGCCAACACCUACGAUGGGGGCAACAGCAACAGGUGGAGAAGGAGGAGGAGCAGGAGGAGGUCUGAGUGUCUGCACUGUCCUGUUAUCUCGACAGGAAGGCAGCGUCUCCCCCUGCCCGCCUCUGCAGCCAGUCAGCACCUCCUAGAGGCCAAACAAGAAGCUGACCAAAACCACCUCAACAUCCACAUGAGCUUCCUGCUUGUUUUUCAGAUUAAAAGCCUUCAAACAAUCACAUUUAGUGGUAGGAAACUCCCAAAGUAUAUGCCACAAAGUUAGAAAAGAUGUAGUUCAGUGUUCCUAUCUACAUAACAAUAGCAAUAUGGCAGCUCCUCAUAAUGUUGCACCCAGAUGUCAGUGAAGAAGGAAAUAUUUAUGUUACAUCACAGAAGGAGCUCAGAUUUGUUGGUGGUGAAGAUGGUUUUGGUUUCAGUUCAAAGGAUCACGGCAUGACCCCAAACUGUUCAGCCGCCCUGAGUUCAGCUGCCACCGUCCCCUGUAGCUGGAAACCUGAGCCCAAAAAAAAUUCAAACAUUAAAAAAACUAAAAACCUGCUGCUACUAUGUUAUUAAUCGUAUUUGUUGAAUGCAAACAACAAAAUGUUUUAAAAAAUAAGUAGAAAAGCUACUUCAAAAACAACCUGAAAUUCACUUCUAACCUCUUUGUCCUAUUGUGGAAGACUUUUAAAAACAUGCGUCACCUUAUAUUUGUAAUGUUUGUUAUUUAACUUAUGUUUUUAUCCUGUCUCUUUAUCCUUUCCUUUAUUGAUCUGCAUGUUUUCCUCUCUAUUAAUAACUUAUUAUAGAGUCUAAAUCUGAUGUAUGAAUGUUUGUGUAUUGAUGAUUGUCUGUAGUACUGGCCCAGAAAGAAAAAGUUUUUUUUUUUUUUUUUUUGGUGAAGUGCAAUUUGAUUUCUAAUACGAUGCUAAUAUAGAAAUCUCUCCUGCACCCCCCCCCCCGCCUCCCUUCCUUGAUAACCCAAAUUAGUAGUAAACACUAAGGCUCUCAGCAGGUGGAGGUAUCCACCCGUCUGUUACCCACAAUUGGAUAGGUGUCUAAUCAGAGCCUGGGUUUUGAACCUGGUUUAACUAAUCCAGGAGCAACAUUUCAUACUGUUUCUGAAUGAGCCAGUUUAAAAGUCCAUAGUUCUAUUUUCCAGAUGACCAGAUGUGCUCUUGGAUGAAAUCAAGCUAGUUUUAACAGCUCCAGCUAAAAAUCCAGGCUCUGUUCUUGUCACAUGAAGCACAUGGACGCUGAUGUCUGUGCAUCCCAAGGGAAUUUAGGUUUGAGUUCAUGAAUCGAUACAUAAUAAAACAACCUUGAGUUAAACAUUUCCGUAUUUACAAAGUAAAAUAGAUUUUAGGACAAUCUUCACUUUGAUGAAAAGUAAAGACUAAAACAGCACAUUCUGGUUUUAUCUCUUGAAAGUGUCUUUGAUAUGUUUUACUCCUGUAAAAAAGCUCUGUUGUUCCAGCUGUGGGAGCUGCUGGUGGCUGCUCAGGUCCCUGAACGCACUGCGGCACCAAUUAAUAAAGAAGUACAGUAUGACUAUGAAAA